AUGUUCGAGAACUUUUCUUUCUCGGCAUCUUCACGGCCUCCCCGGCUAGCCGUGGAUGUCGACGACCGGUUGACCCCGGACUGCGACAGCACGAUGAUCUCGCCAAUGUCGUCGCGCUGUCCGUCUCCGCAAUCACACCGUUUCCGCACCGUUUCACGCACCCGAUCAGCCUACUUUCGUUCACACCAGCCGCCGCCAACCUCCGUUCCUUUCCCUUAUGAUUCCAAGCGUCUUUCCAUCUCCACCCUCACCCAAAAGCUCCACGAACAUACCCUCCAAACCCCGCCUGGUGACUCACGGGCCGACCGCCCCUGGCUAGCGCGGGACAAAUACAAGUCGAGCCCAUGUGUUCGACAUCUGCUUACGCCGCCGGACACAGACCAGGAUGACGACGGCUUCUCUCUUUCCUCCCCUUCGCUUUGUUCCAACCCCAGUCCGACCUCUAUGCCACCGGACUUCCCAUUGCUGGACAGCACCCCGGAACUUCCGGACCAGCUAGACCACCUCAGCAUCCGGCAACAACGCCAGCAGAUCUCCCGGCUCCAAUGCAAUACCGGCGACAUCGACGCCAUCCGCCGCAGCGUAUACUGUGAUGAUCCUUUCGAGUCCUGCGAGGACGACUGCCACCCCAGCUCUCUGCCCCAGCGGUCCUCUCCCCGUCGGAGAGCCAUCUCCCACAACCGGAGCCGCUUCGGGCCAGUCGAUUCGUCUGUAGCUGAGACGCGCGGACGGCGCAAGAGUAGCUCGGCGGCUGUCUUGUCUCAUCGCAUUGAGAAGAAUCAUCAUCAUUUCGUGGGGCGGGAGGCGUCCAAGCGGAAUGAGCAGGGGCUGCGACGACAGAGCGUGGUUACUGCAGCGCUGGCGUCUGUCGUGGAGGGCCCUUGA